AUGCACAUCGAAGGGGUGCGUGAAGGACAUCAGUCGGAGGGUCUACGCAAGUACGGUGCCGCCUUCCCCGAGCGGCAUUGCUUCACCCUCGUCUUCAAGGGCAAGCGCAAGAACCUUGACCUGGCCGCCCGGGGCGAGGAGGACGCCCACCACUGGGUGCAAGGGCUCACCAAACUGAUGGGCCGGCUGCAAGCCAUGAGUCAACCGGAGAAGCUUGACCACUGGAUCCAUGGGGUCCUGCAGCGAGCAGACAGGAACAAGGACAACAAGAUGUCCUUCCGGGAGGUGAAGAGCAUGCUGAGGAUGAUCAACAUUGACAUGGAUGAUGUCUACGCUUACAAGCUCUUCAAGGAGUGCGACCGCUCGGGUGACGAGCGGCUGGAGGGUUGGGAGCUGGAGGAGUUUUGUCGACGGUUGCUGCGACGGCCGGAGCUGGAGGAGCUUUUUGGGCGUUACUCGGGUGAGGACCGCGUCCUGUCGGCCGAGGAGCUGCGGGAUUUCCUACGGGAUCAGGGCGAGGAUGCCAGCCUGCGCCAGGCCCGUGCCGUCAUCCGCACCUACGAGCUCAACGAGAAGGCCAGGCAGCAGGACCUUAUGAUGCUGGAUGGCUUCAUGAUGUACCUCCUCUCGGCCGCCGGUGACAUCCUCAACCAGGAGCACACCAAGGUGCACCAGGACAUGAACCAGCCCCUGUGCCACUACUUCAUCUCCUCCUCCCACAACACGUACCUGACCCGCAACCAGAUCGGUGGCACCAGCAGCACCGAAGCCUAUGUCAGGGCGCUGAUGGCAGGAUGCCGUUGCGUGGAGCUGGACUGCUGGGAGGGCUCUGAUGGGGAACCCAUUGUCUACCAUGGCCACACGCUCACUUCCAAAAUCCUCUUCCGCGAUGUCAUUGAGAGUAUCCGUGACUAUGCCUUCAAGCAAUCACCCUACCCUGUCAUCCUGUCGCUGGAGAACCACUGUGGGCUGGAGCAGCAGGCCACCAUGGCCCGGCACAUGAAGACCAUCCUGGGGGACAUGUUGCUGACGCAGCCACUGGAGGGGCAGGACCCCCAUGACCUCCCGUCCCCAGAGGGAAGGCAGCUGAAGGGAAAGGUCCUGGUGAAGGGCAAGAAGCUACCAGAGCAGUGGCACAAGCCCCGGGGAGUCACCUCCCUUCCAGACCCCGAGGAGGAGGAGGAGUAAGAGGAGGAGGAGGAGGAGGAGGAGGAAGAGGAAGAGGAGGAGAAGGAGGAGAAGCUUCAGGAGAGAAGCAGCCGGCAGGUGGCCUCGGAGCUGUCGGCUGUGGUGGUGUACUGCCAGGCUGUCCCCUUCCCCGGCCUGGCCCAUGCUCUGCGCCAUCCCCGGCCCUGUGAGAUGUCCUCCUUCAGUGAACGGAAGGCUCGGAAGCUCAUCAAGGAGGAGGGCCCGGCACUGGUCCGAUACAACACCCGGCAGCUCAGCCGCAUCUACCCACUGGGGCUGAAGAUGAACUCCUCCAACUACAACCCCCAGGAGAUGUGGAACGCUGGCUGCCAGCUGGUGGCUCUCAACUUCCAGACGCCGGGCUAUGAGAUGGACCUGAACACCGGGCGCUUCCUGGGCAAUGGGUGCUGUGGCUACGUGCUGAAGCCCCCUUGCCUGCGCAGCCCCCCCGGAGAGGGACCCCGGCACUCAGCGCUGCAUGUCAGGGUGAUCACCGCACAGCAGCUGCCCAAGUUGAACCGGGAGAAGGGGAGCUCCAUCGUGGACCCCUUCGUACGGGUGGAGAUCCACGGCGUCCCGGCCGACUGCAGCAGGCAGCAGACCCACCACAAGCUCAACAACGGCUUCAACCCGCGCUGGGAGGAGACGCUGAGCUUCCAGUUGCAGGUGCCUGAGCUGGCCCUGGUGCGUUUCGUGGUGGAAGAUUACGACAGCACCUCCUGCAACGACUUCGUGGGACAGUUCACCCUGCCCCUGGCCAGCAUGCGGCAAGGUUAUCGUCACAUCCAUCUGCUCUCCAAGGACGGGGCAUCCCUGUCCCCUGCCACACUUUUCGUGCACGUUCGAUGCAAGAGUCUGUGA